AUGGCCUCUUUUGGUCCAGCUGUGACUCCGGUGAUGAGGCCAGACCCGAGUCAGGCCGGACCCAGGGCUGAGUCAGGCCAGACCCAGGGCCGAGUCAGGCCGGUCCCGGGCCGAGUCAGGCAGGACCCGGGGCCGAGUAAGGCCAGACCCGAGUCAGGCCGGACCCAGGGCCGAGUCAGGCCGGUCCCGGGCCGAGUCAGGCCGGACCCAGGGCCGAGUCAGGCCAGACCCAGGGCCGAGUCAGGCCAGACCCGAGUCAGGCCGGACCCAGGGCCGAGUCAGGCCAGACCCAGGGCCGAGUCAGGCAGAUCCGAGGCCAGUUUAGAGCUGCAGCUCAUAAUGUUCUCAGGCAUAUUCUUUGUGAAGCCCCGAAACAAUGAUUUCCACGGUGGGAGACGCAUCAUUAACAGCAGCACCGCGGUUCUUAAUAGAGUGAGGGGCCAGUGA